AUGGCCGAUCGAAAUCGUGGCUGGACGACGGUCGGUUACGGCCUUCCUGGCACCGACCCUGGCCGGUCCUGGGAGUGCCAGCUGGAGCAGAUGGAACGCCGAGCAAUCGAAUCCUGGGAUGGCGAUGAGCAUUGGCCCGGGAUCGAUAAGCCGCUUUUUAGUGGCCCAGACGCGAAACGGUUCGAUGCCCGGCUCGCCAAGAUCGAGGACCUCGGCUACGGCGCCUUCGGCCGCGUCGAAAAGGUCUUCCACGACAAGAUAUUUCUCGCCCGCAAACGGAUCAAGAGGAGGCGCGGAUUCACCAUCGAGGACCUGCGCCAGGAGGGCCUGACCAUGCGCAAGCUGAACCACCGCCACGUCGUCAAGGUGGUCGCCACCUACGCGCCCCAGCCGUACGAGCUCUGCCUGCUCAUCUGGCCCGCCGCCGUUUGCAACUUGACCACCUUGCUCGAGGACAUCGAGUACCUGAGGCUCGGCGAAGGCGACCGGGACGACAUCGUCGGUCGCCUCAAGGCCUUGGACCUGAGCGACCUGAGCGCCAUCGAACCGCCGUCGACGAGCCAGCACUUCCAAUCCGACGAGACAUGUCCCUUUGACUUCCUGCGAACCGUCAUGGGGUGCGCUGCCUGCGCCAUGGCCCACUGCCACGCCAACGAUGUGCGCCACCUCGACAUCAAGCCCUCCAACAUCCUCCUCAAACCAGGCCGCGUCUACCUCGCCGACUUUGGCAUCUCGAGGGACGUCAGCGGCCAGGACCAGACCACGACCGAUGGACUCCCCGGAACCGAGAGAUGGCGUGCGCCCGAGCUGUACGGCGACCAUGGAUCGAGCAUGCAGCUCUCGGACAUGUACUCUCUGGGGCUCGUCUACCUCAACAUCGCCACCGUUCUCUACAAUGCGAGGCUAGCCGACUUUGACGACGUCCUCGCCUACACGUCCAGAAAGUCUCGAGAGGAACAACUCGGGGCGCGAGAGGACAAGAUCAGGGGGCACCUGGAGAAGCUCGCGACGCUCGCCACCGCCACGCCGCCUUUCAUGUUCACCCACGAAGGGCAGGAGACAGUGCGGCCUCGACCCGUCGUCAACCUCAUCUCGCACCUCGUCGCCACGAACCCCAGAAGCCGACUCCCGGCCGUCAAGGUGGGCGAAAAGUUGUCCAUGCUCGGCGGCAUCCACCAGAUAUACCACGGCCCGUGCUGCAAACGACCCGUCUCCUGGGUCGAACACAGGUGGGACAGGAAGCUGGCGGCCCAGUCCCUGUUGCGGGCCGAGAACGAAAUGCUGCGGAAGAGGAUCAAGGAGCUGGAGGGAAAGGACGAGACGUACGAGGCUCGCGUCGAGAACGCCCGCAGGGCCCACGAGCAGGACAUGGACAGGUUGCAAGCCCUGUUGAAGGAAGCCGAGGAGAGGUGUCAGAGAUUGGAGACGGAGAAAGCGACUCGCAGGAAGAACGCCAGCCACGAGAACGGCCGUCAACACGCCCCGCGAGCCGUCUUGCCGGGCGCGAAGCGAAACGGUGCCGCAGCCGCCACGCCGUCCGCCGGUCUUGGUCUCGUCCCCGCUCACACUACGCCGAUGAAGCCUGGCCCCGAGCGACCGGAAGUGCCGCCAGGUUCGAGUUCUAAAUCAACGCCACAGAUGCCGACAGGCAAGCUGCCGGUCGCUGCGACUCGCAUCAUUUCCAUAGAAACUCCCCAAAGAAGCCCGGCCGGUCCGCAAGCGGGAAAUUACCCUGCUCGUCGAACGUCGAGCGUCGUCAGCAUCAGCCAGCUUUGCCACCGUGGCUCGAGGUCGAAGCUGCCCCUGCCCGUCACGCCUAUUCGAAGCGAAACGCCCAAGCUUCGCGACGACCUGAGCAUGACGGACAGCAGCAUGUCAUCCUCCGUCUUCUCUCGUCGCAGCACCGAGACGGCGCCGACUCCGGCCAUCGACAGCCCACAACUGCGACGCACGCCCAAGUCUGCUGAAUCGGAAGCCGAUCAGCGGUGGAGCAGACUCCCCGCCAGACCAACGUCGCCGCAAAACAGACGGCCGCUUGUGGCAUCGCAAGAACGGGUGGCGAGCCCAUCUCCGGUGAGAAGCCCCGGCCAAACUCUGGCGGAUACGUUCGUGCACUCGCCGCGGAUGCUUGAUUCCGAUAUCAUAUUGGACGCUGUCGAUGCCAACUCAACGGCGAGGCCUGGUCCGCCGUCGCUGCAGCCAAUGAAGAGCUGGGCGGAUGUGGUCAAGGUGGACAAGCCCCGCCGGGCGGCACAACGCUCCUGA